AUGGAAAUUGAUGAUCCCGAGAAGAAUCCGCCAGGCUCCAUGUACUGGGCCAAAGGUUUGAAGUCCAAGUAUGAGUUGAAAGUUCCCAACCAGCGAUUAAAGUGGUGGGACCAAUCUUGGAAAGAGGCAGAUAAAGCUUAUUGCCUUUCCCUUGAAGAACGCGUUAAUACUUAUGGUCGGCUGAAUGCUCCACCUGAAAAGCAUGCUCUUAAAGCCGAAGAGGAAGCCGAAUUGUUGAAAAUGAUGGACAGCGUCCCACUCACACUGGAUGAAGAAACUGAGUCAAUUGAGACUUUUGUACAAGUUGAAAAAACUCGACGGAUGUUGUUAAAUGCUAAUCUUAAUGAAUUGGAACUGGAUAAUGCACUUCGUAUUCAAUGGCCUGCCUUUGAUAUUGCAACCAAACGCUCGUAUUUAUCGAACAAGCUGGAAAUGUUAAAUCUGGAGUCUGAGUUUAAACUUUCUCCCACUCUAAUCAACUCAGUCCCUUCUCUGUCGCUUGCCUACAGUCUUUGUUUUGAUCGUCUUGGAAAUAAAGUUCCUACUUAUCGACUUUUCUUCUUCGGUGUCAAUGCCCACCCCAGAUACCAUAAACCUAUUAUGGACCACUCAAGAACUACCCGUGGUGCUGGACGCAAAUCGGUUUUGUCAACAGACGAAAGUUCAGGCAUGAAACCCACGCCAAAGGCCAAUAAAUCUGAUAAACCCAAAAAACAGAAACCACGGGAGAAGCUGGAGUUAGAUCUGGAGAUUCACCGACUGAUUGCGUCGCCGGCGCCCUUUCGCUUCCAGCCCGUGUGCCCCGUGUGCGAGGUAUACUCCAGCGCCCCCGGGCAGAUGCUCAAAUGCAACGGCCCCUGUGGUCGCAUCGUCCACCCCCGAUGCAUGCGCUACAAGGAACCCCCUAAGCCUGAAGUAUCUGUGUGCCGUUUGUGGCGACUCCUCGAAAAAGACCAAUACGGACGAUCAACUGCUUCCCUGCCAGGCGAGUCCGAACACCUAACUAUGAAGGGUUGUGGCCGACACUUCCAUCGUGGCUGCCUUGCUCAACAUCCGGGUGUGGUGCUGGCGGACACGCUAAGCAGGUGUCCCGCCCACGUCUGCGCCACCUGUUGUCUGGAGGACCCAGACAACGUCGUCGUCGAUCCCAACCGGCCUAUGCUUCAGUGUGUUCGGUGUCCUCGGGUGUACCACACAGGCGACUUGUGUACACCAGCUGGUUCCGUGGAGGUCUCCUUGUCGCAUAUCGUGUGUCCAGCCCACUUCUCCAGCCAAUUGAGCGAGGACCAGCACUACAAGACCCAGUGGCCCGCGUGGUGCUUCGCCUGCCUUAAGGCGGGUGCUGAUCGGGUAUUUUGCAAAACCUGCCCAUUCAACUAUCACCGCACGUGUUUGCCGGAGGAUGAACAAGUCGGUGUCUCCGAAGAAAGCACCUUCACAUGCAAAAAUUGUCGCCAACACAUUGAGCCGCGUUACGCCCAGGUGGUUUGGGCGAAGAUCCCGUUCUUCCGUUGGUGGCCCUGUGAGAUCAUCCACGCUCGAAACGCUCCGUUGAACAUCUUCAACUUGGCUCACCCAGAAGGCACCUUCCUGAUCCACUUCAUAGGCUCUGGGGAGUACCAAUGGGUGUGCAGGGCGCAGACCUUCCCCUACGAGUGUGGUCUCAACACCUCGGCGGCCGUUUUGGCAAAAUCCAACUCCAAGAAAGACGUGGCCUUCAACCUAUCUGCGAAAAUGGCCCCGAAGGUGCAUGAGUUCUACGUGAAUUAUGUGUGGAAGCGAGGUAUCCCGCUGCGCUCAAUGAGUGCUACUCGACUCUCAGACGAAGAGCUCGUCCCAUUGUCUACCCCAGAGACGGCGAUUGCUCUCGGCCUCACGCCGCACCAAGAUACCGAUGCUGUGCAGCUGGCUGAGGCACUGUCGUCUUUCCAGCAAGUCGUCUCCAACCAGUACGCAAAUUCAGCGUUGGAAAAGCUAGCCAAACAAGAGUUGCCUGAAACCAAAUGUGACUGUGCCAAGUCAGAGACUGAAACGCAUUGCUCGAAGGAGACGGAGUGUCGCAACGCCUCCGAGGGCAUCGAGUGCACAGAUCAGGUCUGCAGUGUGCUCGCGCACAACCCCUCCGUCGACUGCGGCAACAGGCCCUUCUCCGUGCAGCCAUCGCUCGCCGUGUUUCGCACGACCAAUCGAGGCUUCGGCUUGAAAGUGCUGGAAAAUGUGAAGGAGGGCAGUUUUGUGGUUGAAUUCAUGGGUGAAGUGAUUGGCGUCGAGGAGGCCAAUCGACGACUUGAAGCGAGCAUCGCAGCGCGUGCGGCGCAUCGCGGUCACCAGGGCUCCACCUCCCAGUCCCGAUUCACCUCCGAAACAAUGCCCACCACCUACCUGAUCAGAUUCACCCCCGAACUCGUGAUAGAUGCCGAGAAACUGGGGAACCUGGCGCGGUUCGUUAAUCAUUCCUGCGAACCAAAUCUCGUUGCCAAGUUGUGGAAUGUUCGUGGCACCCUCAGAAUGGGAUUAUUUGCUCUCAGCCCUCUAUCAGAGCAGGAUGAAUUGACUCUAGACUACCAACAGGCAAACCUACUAGAUAGUAGCUUUGUGGGCAAUCGGAAUAUUUGCCUCUGCGGUGCAGAUUCUUGUCAGGGCUCCCUUCACCUCCCCUCGUCCUUCCACUGUCCCGAGAAGGCCAAGAACGCCACACCCGCUGUGGCAUCCAAAUCUAACGAGAAAGGUGCAGACCAGGUCGUGGAGGUACAGGUAGUGGAGGAGCCCAAGUCUAAACGAGGCCGAAAAUCGGCAGGAGGCGGCGCCAACAUGUCGCAACUCCUUUCAGCUGCGGCAUCUGUUGAUGUCAAGCCGCAGAAGAAGGUGGUUGCAGUGCCGACAGUCGGGCCUUCUCCAAAGGUGGUGGAGACUAAACCCUCAAAGAAAUCAUCCCACGAUGAUUUCUGUUAUCGCGUCGAUUGCAUUAAUGUUCCUGUUGUGGGUUUCACUAAUUUUCUUUUGUUCUUCCCUUUUCUUGAUGAUCCAAGUUGCGGGGACGGCGGGGAGUUGAUACUUUGCGAUAAAUCGAGCUGCCCCAAAGCGUAUCACCUUGGUUGCCUGGGCCUCGUCAGACCGCCAUUUGGUAUCUGGUUUUGUCCGUGGCACUACUGCGACGACUGUGGGAAUCCGUCGAGCCAUUUGUGUUGGCGUUGCCCCAACUCUUACUGUUUGGAACAUGCUGAAGCCGAGUCGGAGAAUAAGCGUAUUCAGGUUGACGACCUUGACUUGGAACGUUGGCAGUCGGCGUUGAAGAUCAUCAAUGGCGACGACGAUUCCGCUGAGUCUCAGCUCACCCAGGAGCAGAAGACAGCUCUCGUCCUCACCUGCCGAUGGAUUUGCGCUGACCACGCCGACGUGAAGAUAUACGGACCAGAGGAUAAGCCGACAAUAGUGAGAGAAGAUGUUCACCCGGUUGAAAGAGACCACAACGAGAAUGAGGAAUCCCCAAAAGACAGGCGUUCGAAGUCUGAGGCAAAGCGGAGGAGGCUCUCGUCUUUGGAUAAAGGCAGGCGGAAACGCUCAAACUAG